AUGCAUUUCUCAAUUUUCAUUCCCGCCAUUCUUCUUCUACCAUAUGCCACCCAAGCACUCACCUACUGGCUAGACAAAAAUUGUGUUCCAGGAAAAUCACUCGAAGCACCCAAAAAUACACCCGUAUCUGGAGACGUGGCAGGAGAUCGGUUAACGAAUGCAAGAAGGGAUCCAGAUUUUACUAGGGCAUUCAAUGUUCUUUUCAGACAAGAUACACAGAAUGUUAACAAUGGGCUUGAUCAACAUGGACAGGCGGCACUGGCACUGAGAAAAUAUUUCUUGGCUUUAGAGGGAAUGACUCAUGAGGAGGUUCAGGUCAAUGCUGAUCUUAGGUUUUAUUGUGAUAAUGAUGCACGCUGGGUUCAGAAAACAGGAGAUGGGGAAACGGGAUGGAAAGGUAAGGAUCUUCAUUAUGCAAUCUGA